GUGAACAGCUCUGACUGUCGGUCUUUACCUGUCAGGACACGGAACGAAUACCAAACGUAUAUCGUGGAUUAUUUUUAGUUUCGAGUAGCAAACUGCAAAAGAUUAUCUUCACGGUCCAGCCAUGGGUAUGACCGGGGCGGCGUGGAGGGGAGAGCGGGGUUUAAAUUUCUCCUUUCGCCCCAACAUCGCCUUUUGAUUGGAAGCGUACGGUGCGCUAGAGCAGAACCAAGCUGCGUUUCUUUACAUCUUUGACUGAGAUAAAAGUUGUUCAGAACCGUGAGAACAGCAGAGACUAUUUAACGCGGGUUAGUUCGUUUUAGUUCAUAAAUCUUUUUUGGAGUUUUUGUCUGCUUUUUCCUCUCUGUUUUUGAUUUUCCUGGAGAGCGGAGGUGGCGAACUGAAAGCGGCUCACCGAGUCGGGACUGACCGCUGGAGUUGGUCCUGAAAAUGGAGGCUGUUAUCGAGAAGGAAUGCAGCGCGCUCGGAGGACUCUUCCAAACUCUUAUCGGAGACAUGAAAAGCAGCUACCCUAUUUGGGAGGACUUUAUCACCAAGGCUGGCAAACUGCAGUCGCAGCUCAGAGCGACAGUGGUUGCUGUGGCGGCCUUCCUGGAUGCCUUUCAGAAAGUGGCUGACCUGGCUACCAACUCACGAGGUGGGACCAGAGACAUUGGAUCAGCGUUGACCAGGAUGUGUAUGAGACAUCGCAGCAUAGAGGCUAAACUCAAACAGUUCUCCAUGGGUUUCCUGGAGGGACUGAUCAACCCUCUACAAGAACAGAUGGAGGAGUGGAAAAGAGGAGUAAAUACUUUGGACAAGGACCAUGCUAAAGAGUACAAAAGAGCUCGGCAGGAAAUUAAGAAGAAGUCCUCGGACACACUGAAACUUCAGAAGAAAGCAAAGAAAGCUGAUAAUCUAGGUCGAGGUGAUAUCCAGCCGCAGUUGGACAGCGCCAUGCAGGAUGUCAGUGAUAAAUACAUUCUGCUGGAAGAGACAGAGAAGCAGGCCCUGAGGAAGGCACUCAUAGAGGAGAGACAGAGAUUCUGCUGUUUCGUAGCCAUGCUGCGGCCUGUAGUGGAUGAGGAGAUUUCUAUGUUGGGAGAGGUCACCCAUCUCCAGGCCAUCUCUGAUGACCUCAAAGCCCUGACCUCCGACCCGCACAAGCUUCCCCCUGCUAGCGAACAGGUGAUUAUGGACCUGAAGGGCUCAGACUAUGGCUGGUCAUAUCAAACGCCUCCCUCAUCCCCCAGCACCACUAUGUCCAGGAAGUCUAGCAUGUGCAGUAGUCUGAACAGCGUUAACAGUAGUGACUCCAGAGGAUCCAGUGGCUCUCACUCUCAUUCUCCUUCCUCCUCUUCUUCCUCCUCUUCCUCACACCACCUCUUUCACCACCAUCACCCCCGUCAUCGGUACCGUAGCUCCACGCUGCCGCAGCAGGCCCCGGCUCGGCUCUCUAGCAUCUCCUCCCACGACUCGGGCUUCAUUUCUUCAUCACAAGACCAUUACAUGUCGUCCAAAUCAUCCUCGCCCAUGCCAGCUGAAACAAAGCCUUGUCCCAGUUCCAGCCCCUCUGAGGUGUCCGAGACUGGGCAGCUUCACAGUGACUGCAGCUCCCCCUCUCCUCUAGCUGCUGCUACUGCACCUCAGCACACUACUGACAAGUUGUCCAAUGGGUUUGACCACUACAGUCCUGCCAGUUCCCCCUAUCUGCAUAGCAACGGGGGGAGUUUGGGUUCAGUGUCAGGCACUGCCUUCCCGUUCUUCCCUCCUUCCUCCUCAUCCUCCACCUCCACCUCCUCCUCCUGCCCCACCCGUUCAUGGUCACGUCCCGCCUCAGCCUUGCUGCCAGACUACCCUCACUACUGCACGCUGGGCUCCCCCAUGGUGCCUUCAUCUCGUGUCCCCAGCUGGAAGGAUUGGGCUAAGCCAGGGCCAUAUGACCAGCCCAUGGUCAACACGCUCAGGAGGAAGAAGGACAGGGAGACCCCAGCUAUAAUAGACAGUAAUGGUAGUAUGAACAACAACAGCAGUCCAUCCUCAGGCCCUGCCUCGACCUCGACCUCAACACCAGCUCAGGCUGUGCUGCAAACACCAGUUCCAUCGGCCUCAGUGGAAGAGAAGGGCCUGACUGUGGCUACACCUCUGAAGGCUGGUGAUAUUGAGGCCCACGAGGAAUUGGCUCUGGCCUUAUCCAGAGGUCUGGAGCUGGACACCCAGAGGUCCAGCAGAGACUCCAUCCAGUGCUCCAGUGGCUACAGCACGCAGACCAACACACCCUGCUGCUCUGAAGACACUAUACCUUCACAAGUAUCAGAUUAUGACUAUUUCUCAAUGGCUGGAGAUCAGGAGCCUGAGCAGCAGCAGUCUGACUUUGACAAGUCCUCCACCAUCCCCAGAAACAGUGACAUCAGUCAGUCCUACCGACGCAUGUUCCAGACCAAACGCCCAGCCUCCACAGCUGGCCUGCCCAGCACACAGGCUCCUUACCCCGGGCAGGGGGCCUACCCUGCAGGGCCCUAUCCCCCCACACCUAUCCACACAGGAGCUUAUCCGUCUACCCCUCCUGGGGCUUAUCCUGCUACCCCUACAGGCUCAGGUUCAGGUCAGGGAUAUUAUUCUGGAUCCAGCUCCCAUAAUCCCUCCGGCUCCUACUCUACAGGCCACGGUCCAGUUAUCGUCACCCCAGGGGUUGCCACAAUCCGCCGCACCCCCUCUUCAAAACCCUCUACUCGCCGUUCAGGCUCUGUUGUGGGUACAGGCCCCAUCCCUAUUCGCACACCGGUUGUCCCAGUAAAAAUCCCAACGGUGCCCGGAAUGUCAGGAGCGGUUAAUGGGAGCAGGAGUGCAGAGGAGAUGGGAGGAGGGGGAGGAGGAGGAGGAGGACAAGAAAGCCCAGAUUCUCCAACAUUUGCAGGAGGGGAGGAUGCUGGCACGUUACCUGUGGUGUCCUGGAGUGGUCAGGCUACAACAAACCCACCCACCGUUCCCCAGCCCAACCAGCUGACCCAGCAGCACCUUCAGAGUGAGACUGGGCCGGAAGGAGGAGGAGGAGGAGAGGAGGCAGGAGAAGGGGGUGACGGAAACAUGCUGGUGGCCAUUCGCAAGGGGGUCAAGCUCAAGAGAACCCUCACCAACGACCGGUCGGCACCGCGCAUCGCGUGAUGAUGUCGUCAUCGAGGGUCACAAACAACAUGCUAUGUCGUGUCAUAGAAACGAGGCUCCCCCUUCAUUAUAUUUGUAAAUGAGGCUAAAGGCUUUACAGAAAGUGUCGCUGAUAGAAAUGCGAUGUACAGAAUCAAAAGGCUUCUUACGCUCGUAUCAGAAAUCAUUGGCACCUGCUCUAUACUUCUCACUCUGUAAAUUUCCAUCUGUGAGGAUCUCUCACUACAGAAACCAUCUAUAAUGAGAGGAAGAUAUUUAGAAAUGCAAGGGGGCAAGUUUUUUUUUCAUUUGGCUUAUGAUGCAUCAGAAAUUGUGUAAAGCGAGGUUGGUUAGAAUAUUGGUUUGGACCUGAAGCGGAUCACAGGCCCACUUUGUUAAUAAUUGUAUGAGCUUGUGUGAUAACAAGGAAAAGACUUUAUUUUUUUUACAAAAUAAAGGAUUCUGGCCUAAGCACUAAAAUGUAGUUGCAAAUCCGAGCCCACAGCUGUGUAAUCAAAGCAAACAUGGGGAUGUUUUUGUUAAUAACAAGAAGGACAGAGCAGUAUGUUCAUUUAAGAGGACAGUACAGACCUACUGUACACACAUGUAUCCAGUAUUCUCCCCGAAGCCGAGGGUUGGACAAGGACAGUGUGAAUGCCUCUUCUUUCUGUAAAAAAAAAAAAACAGUGUAAUUUAUGCCUCAACACUUACUGUUGCAGGAAUGCAUUGUACCAUCAAGGGACAAAUAAGCAUUCUAACUGCACAGUGACUUGGCAGAAGAAGCACAAUAACCACUGCAACUACAACACAGUGUCAAGAGAGCAAUAUUCAGGUGCACUAAAAAGUAAUGGCUCCAUUUGGCGACUCCUGAACUGUACUGGCUCCUCGCUCGGAGAGACGCCCUGACGGCUGUAGGAGGGUGCUGCGUUGUCAAAGCAGCCCUCCACUCACAGUUCAAAUACUAAAAUACGUGAGACACAGAGUCAACAUGGACGGGGCUAUGGACGAUACAGAGAGCUCCUUAAAAAAAAACAAAAGCAAAGGAACUGACUGUAUUACACCCAAGUCGAAGUUUCAGGAGACUACAGUGGUUGAUGAGUUUCGUUGUGUUUUGCUUUAGUUGUUUUAGUAUUUACAUCAUUUGUAAAUAAUUUUGCAGGUCUCUGUUGCUGAGGAGUGUGUGUUGGUGCUUCUCGCGCUCUGUAUCUUCGCUCACUGCUCCACAGUGCCAAAAUCAUUCAGUUUCACCUCACUAAACGGGAUGUUUGUUGAUGUUUAUAUGAGGAUCAUCACACCCCACUGCCUUGGGAUGUGAAGUGGUUUUAUUUUGCAGAUUUUUUUUUUUUUUCCCCCCCAAUAUGAUUCUCAUUUAACCUGCAGUAUCUACAUGCUGAGUCCUCAGUGGUUUGUGGUUAUAUAGCAGUCCGUAUAUAUCAGGCCAUCAUAACAUCACUAAUAAAUGUCAAAGUACAGACGUGACAUGUCAAAACUCAACUUUAAUUCAAUUUUUUAUAUGUGUGUGUAUGUAUGUAUAUAUAUAUACAUUUUAUAGCAGUUAAUGAGGCAGAAAUAUUUUGAUGUUUGGAAAGUUAUGAGUUAAAAGCUGUAAUUGGUAAUGCCAUAUUGUUUUUAUGGUUCUGUCUGGUUGCUGUUAUUGAACUUUUUUUUCCUCUUUGAAAUGCAUGUAGCAUGCAUGCAUCCUUUGGAUUAAUUAGGUUUUCACAUCAUCUCCAGUGUUGUUGGUGUUUUUGGUGAUUUUUUUUUUUUUUUUUUAAUAAUAGCAUUGAAGUCCAGUCCAAACAGAAAUUCAUUGUAUAAUUUAAGAAAUGCAUCAUUGUAGGUUUUUAAAAUAUUCUUUUUUUUUUUCCUCAGACUGCAGGCUAAAAGCAAUUAAUGUCACUGAGUUAUAGUCUGUUUUAAUUUUCUUUUCAGUUCAAGCACUGUGAGACCAUGGCUACUACGAGGUGUAUGAACGUGUAAAUAUUAUUUAGCUGUACAAGUUAGUCCAGGAACUCACAUGGUUUUUUUUUUGUUUUUUUAAUUUAUUUUCUUUCUCAGUCUUUAAACCUCUUUUUCUUCCUCAACCUAUCUCUAUUUUUAUACUAUAUAUCAAAUACCAGAGUAAUGGAGCCGUUCCCUCUAUCUGUGCAUGUGCUAUCUGAUGAUGUGUUGUACAUCAGAUUUUAGCAUCAGUGAAACGUUCAUGUCUGCGAUUCGUUUUAAGUCCCUUAUUUCACACGCGCUCAAACGCAAUCUAUAUUUUAAUAGUCACAUAAAUACUGGCUGGUUUAUAAGUGAACAGCCGCUACAGGAGAGUGUGUUUCUUCUGACCUUCCAGGUGCCAGGAGAUUCACGCUGGUUUAAAUGAAAAAGUUUAACAAGUCUGGGUUCUGUAAUGGAGAGAUUUAAAUCAGUAUUAUGAGUGUAGAUUUUGGGAUGACGCAGAGUUGCGUACACUUUAGUUUCAGAUCAAUCAAGAAAGCACAUUUUGUCCUGAUGGGUACACUUAAAUGUUUUUUAGCGUUGUAAGUUGCGGAUACGUUCUGGUUGGGCACAUUUGGAAGCGACGGAGCGGAAAGUGGACUGACAACAGCCCUGCUGUAAAGUUUGUUGGCAGAGAUGGCUACAUGCAAACUUUCAGCUGUUCCCUGAGGGUGAUUUUAGAUUAAAAUGUUUGUACGUCAGUUGUGUACAGCUGAUUUCAGGUGAAAUGUCACUGAACAGUUUAUCUGGUGGGCAUCUUUGAUUAGAUUUGAACAAAUGGCUCACUGCCCACAAUGUCAGGCCUGACCUGAGUUUCCCAGAGACAUCUUGACAGUGUGAAAAUCUGGUUUGUUCAUAUAUUUUAAACAUGUUUCUUAUGCAUUUAAUGUAAUAGAGGCAGCAAAAGAAGGAAUGAUAAAAGCAAUCAUAUCAUCUCGGUGCCCAGAUAAACUCAUAGUGUACACAGGGUGGAUGCACCACAACAUAUUGUUCAUAUUUUGCAUAAAAAAUACUCCUUGUACUGUUUUAACUCCGAAAGAGCAAAGAUAAUAUCACUGCUGAGAUGUUUUGGGAAACCCAGCAUUCAGUUCUCGAUAUUGCUGAUGAUGUUCAUAUUUUUGUUUUUAUUUUUUUUUGUUUUGCCGUCCACCUGUCUAAAACUUGUAUUGUCAACCUGUAAUUUUCAUAUUUAAAAUUGCUAGCAUAAAUAUAUAUUAUAUCAGAGCUGCCAAAUGUCACUAUAUCCUAUGAAUAAGAAGUUUAUAGAUUGUGAGGGUUUGAAAGUACGAUUAAAACCUGGUUUCUAGUUUAGUCUUUAGCUUACCCCCCUGAGGAGAGUUGACCUCUCUGUCUGUCCCUGUACAGUUCAGCAGGCUAUGAUGCAGUUUGUUUCAGGAAGUAAAAUGUUGUUAUUUUUUGUGUAAUGACAGCUUUAGCAAUAUAAUAAAAACUAUAAAUUUUG